UCGCUGUUGUGCACUCUUAAAAGCUGCUGUUAAGACCGUUAGCUGUGCUGUUAGGCGCGUUUCUUGUUUACAACCGGUUAAAUUUUAUAAAUAUUGCUUUGUUUUAAUAAAUAGCCAAGGAAUUUAAGCUAUUACACAUGGACGCGUCGCCAGGAAGUUCCUCCGCCCUGAACACAGACGAUGAGCAAACUGCCCUGAUUUCCCCCACUGUGGUGGCCGGCUUAAAGAACCUGGGUGCCAUCAUUUCGCUGCCACUCACCAAACUGCUCAUUGCCAACUCCUUGAAACUGACGCUCCAUCCAGAUGCCACCAUUGCUCCCGUGCCCGAGCUGUAUGCCAAGAAUGCCGCCUGCGCCAAACAGAGCGAGUACGCGGUGGUCACCCUCUUUGCCCUGGGCACCAAGCACGGCUGGGAUGGCCUCCAACUGCGCCAGCAGCUGGAGCAACUCAACCUCGAUGCAGCUGCCGUGGACGAGCUGAGUCGCGUGUACGAGGACAGCCGCAAAGAUCUGAUUCUCCGCCAACUGCAAAUAGGCCAUAGUUUUCCGCACAUUACCGACAUCCAGUGGCGCAUCGUGUGCGACGUGAAGUCCUCCACCUCUGACUGCAGCACGGGCGCGGCCUGCUUCCACAUCAAUCUGGGCCACUUCCGGCAGAGCAGCGGCGAGCGGGUGACCAUCGUUGAGUUUGUCUGCAACGCCGAGGAGCUACAGUCGCUGAUCAAUCGUCUCAAGGAGAUCGAGCGGCACUGCCAACAGAUGGCCGUGGUCUAGGGAAACAAGCUCU